AUGACGAUGAAGAAGAAGAAGAGAACUUGCCUCAAAUCUAUGAAAAAGAAGAAAAAGAGAACUUGUAUCAAAUCUGAUUUUUACUUACCAGAUGAUUGUUGGGAGUAUGUCUUCUCAUUCAUCAUCAAUCCAGUCGACGACAUAAAGAAACUCAAUUUUAAAUCCCUAUCUCUCAUCUCUAAAAAAUUUCUCUCCAUCACCAACCGUCUCAUAUUCUCUAUGAAAAUUGAUCAUCUACAUAUUUCUUAUCUCCCUUGUUUCUUCCAUAGAUUCUCCAGCCUUAAUUCCCUUGACCUCUCGUUCGGUUCUUGUUAUCUCGACUCCUCCCAUGCAGCCACUGCUUUGGCUCUUCGUGACAGAUCAACUUUGAAAUCUUUAUCUAUUUCCUGGAUUAUGCUGAUGGAUGCAAACCACACUACUUCAUAUUACAUUGUUUCCUUCGUCAGUUUGAAGGGUUUGAAUUCUCUUAAGUUUUUGAGUUCACGCAUCUCUGGUGAUUUGCUUUACUCUAUCGCAAGAGAAGCUCUUCCUUUGAAGACUUUUGUUCUUCAAAAUUGUACCGGAUAUAGUUACCAAGGAAUUUAUGCUUUAUUAUCCGAGUGUCACUGGAUACAACAUUUGGAUCUUCAAGGGGUUGAUUUUAUAACCAAUCAUCAAUUUUCUCAAUUGUCUUUGCUUCCUGAUUUGGUAUCUAUAAAUCUUAGUUACUGUUUCAAACUCACACAAUCAACUUUGUUUGCAUUCAUUAAGAAUUGUCAUUCAUUUGAUGAGAUCAAGAUGCAUUAUAUUGAGAGACAAAGUCUAGAAAAUUCCGAUACUUUCAAAGAUUUUCAUGUCAACCCUCCAUUAAAGUUUCUAAAUUUGUCUCAAAAUUCAUUUAUAAACGAUGAUAUUAUCAUAUUGCUUGCUUCCAUUCUUCCCAAUUUGCAACUUUUUGAUUUGAGUUGUUGCUAUCAUAUAUCUUAA